CUUACAGGAAACAUUCCAGAAGAUUUAUGCAACUUGACCCUCUUGUUUGAUCUUUCAAUCAACAACAAUAAUCUUUCUGGAAAUGUUCCCUCGAAAAUAGAAUCACUGGAGGCACUUAAAAUUUUGGAGCUCGGGUCAAAUGAUUUCACAGGCUUAAUCCAGAAAAAAAUUGGAAAUUUGCGCAAUUUAUUGUACUUGAAUCUGAGCCAGAAUAAAUUUGAGGGAAAUAUUCCUUCAGAGCUUGGCAAUUUGAAUUAUCUCUCAAGUCUUGAUCUCAGUGGAAAUUUGUUGAGUGAAAGAUUACCACCAACGCUUGGUGGAAUAAAAGGCUUAGAAACAUUGAAUCUAUCCCACAAUAGUCUUUCAGGUGGUCUCUCUAGCUUACAUGAUAUGAUGAGUUUGACAUCUUUUGACAUAUCAUACAACCAGUUUGAGGGUCCACUUCCUGACAUUCCAGUCUUCCAGAAUGCCACCAUUGAAGCUCUGAGAAAUAAUACAGGCCUGUGUGGCAAUGUCACAGGCUUGGAGCCUUGCCCGAAAGUAAGUGGGAAAUCUCAUAAUAAUACUACAAGGAAAGUGCUAAUAGCAGUUUUACCCGUUACUGUGGCCAUUCUAAUGCUUGCACUAUUUCUUUUUGGUGUCUCCUACAAUUUAUGCCGAACUUCAAACGAAGAACAAGAGAAGGCUCUAAGUUCACGAUCUGCCAGCAUGUUUCCAGCAUGGAGUUUCGGAGGCAAAAUUAUGUUUGAGAAUAUUAUUGAAGCCACCGAAUAUUUUGAUGACAAAUAUCUCAUUGGAGUUGGAGGUCAAGGUCGUGUUUACAAAGCAAUAUUACCCACAGGUGAAGUUGUUGCUGUGAAGAAACUCCAUUCAGUUUCAAACGGAGAAGUCCUCAAUCAGAAAGCUUUCACAAGGGAGAUCCAGGCUUUGACAGAAAUCCGACAUCGUAACAUUGUAAAGUUUCAUGGGUUUUGUUCGCAUUCACAAUAUUCACUUUUGGUGUGCGAAUUCCUAGAGAGGGGCGAUGUGAAGAAGAUUUUGAAAGAUGAUGAACAAGCAUCUGCAUUUGAUUGGAAUAAAAGGGUGGAUGCUGUUAAAGACGUGGCAAAUGCUUUAUGCUAUAUGCACCAUGAUUGCUUACCUCCAAUUGUCCAUCGUGAUAUAUCAAGCAAAAAUGUUCUUUUGGAUUCAGAAUAUGUAGCUCAUGUCUCAGACUUCGGAACAGCUAAGCUUCUUGAUCAUAGUUCAGCCAAUUGGACAUCAUUUGCAGGAACCUUUGGAUAUGCUGCUCCAGAACUUGCAUACACAAUGGAAGUAAACGAGAAAUGUGACGUGUAUAGUUUUGGGGUCUUGGCAUUGGAAAUAUUAUUUGGAAGGCACCCUGGUGAUGUUACAUCUUUAAUGCAAUCUUCUUUAUCAACUGGUAUGAUCUCAACGCUUGAUCAUAUGGCAUUGAUGGAUAACUUGGAUGAACGUCUACCUGUUCCAACAAAUUCUACUUUGAAAGAGGUGGUAUCAAUUCUCAAGACAGCAAUUUCUUGCCUGACUGAAAGUCCACGAUCCCGACCAACCAUGAAGCUCGUAACCAACGAGCUUGCAUUGUCGAGGUCAUCUUCAAUGUCACACACAGAGCUGAAAGACUGAACAUCCUACAUAUACAUGCUUGAGUUGUACUUGUUCCCUUGAUUUUGUACUGUAUUUUCUUGUUUCUUAUUUUAUAUAAUCUCUUUAAUGUUAUGAAAUAUAGAUCUUGUAAUCGUGAAGUUAGCUUGUCUUUGUAAUAUAGUACUACACCACGAAAAGAAUAAAACUUCUAACCUUUGUUUA